AUGAAUCGAUUUUCUUCGACAAUUUUCUUAGUGACAAUGCUUUUCAUAUCAACAAUGGCAUUGUCAAUCAAUCAUCCGCGUGACGAUCCGGUGGAUUUCUUAUUUAAACGUGGCUUAAUCGAUUGGUACAAUACGUUCGUAUCGAAAGAUUCCAAUAAAGACAAAAAUUCCGAUUCGAUCAGUAAAUUAUCGAUAUUAAAACAGUUGUUAUCGUCAUCGGGUGGCACAAAUAGUAAUCUUGACAAGCUUUUUCAAAUCUUGAGCAACACGGCAGAAGACAAACAAAACACGGCAACGUCAUCGGCAACAAAAUUAGAUCGUUUACUUGGAUUUUUCAAGAAAACUGAUUCAUCGUCAUCAUCAUCCAAUAAUCUUCAAUUAGCUCUGAAAUUACUAAAUCUUGCACAAGGCAAAUCUGACUUCAGUUCAUUUAAUCUGAGCGAUCUUCAAUCUCUCCUCAAAUUUGCCAGUGGUUGA